CACAAAGGAAACACAUCUCGUCUCCAUUAUAACAUUAAUUUGAAUGACGCUGUUUCGAGAAAUAAUAGCCGUUUACUGGUCUAGUGCAAUGGCUUCUGCUGCAUGUCCAGCGACUAAGUUCCUCUGCUAUCUGCUGUGGCUUCUACCUAAAAUGAACGGUCCCCAGUGGACUAAUGAAGACUUGUCUCCCUUGAAUCUUGUUGAUGGCGAACGACAUGAUUUCAUAGUAGUUGGUGGAGGAUCGGCAGGUUGUGUUGUGGCCAGCAGGUUAUCUGAGAUAAAUGACUGGAAAGUACUGCUGUUGGAAGCGGGUGGCGAGGAACCCCCUCAGGCUGACGUCCCGGCGUUCAUUCCGCUUAACUGGGAAACGAGGUUUGACUGGCAGUAUCAGACGGAGCCUGAAGACGGAUACUGCGGAGGGAAAUCUUGCACGUGGAACGCAGGAAAGGUUCUAGGAGGAGGCAGCAUUUUGAAUGGAAUGAUAUAUAACCGAGGAAAUGCUCGCUGUUAUGAUAAAUGGAAGGAAUUGGGAAAUGAUGGUUGGGGAUUCGAAGAUGUCCUUCCUUACUUCAAGAAGUCCGAGAAUAAUCGAGAUCCUUCCAGGGCUGCUAACACAAAUUAUCACGCAGUUGGAGGUUUGUUAAAUGUACAGAGGUUCUCAUACCAGGACAAGAACGUACAGCUUCUGAUGGAUGCAUUCCAGGAGCUCGGCUACAAGGAUGUUGACAUCAACGGCGGUACCCAAACUGGUACCACCCUACUGCAAUUUACACAAAAGGACGGACGUCGGAUGAGCACUAAUAGAGCUUUCAUUGCACCUUUUCGCAACAAAAGAAAGAAUCUUAAAGUAGUAACUAACGUCAGAGUUACCAAGGUUCUUAUCGAACCUAACAGCAAAACAGCGUACGGGGUCGAAUAUGCUUCGGAAAGGCACAGACACGUCACGGGCAAAGCGUAUGUAAACAAAGAAGUUAUAGUUAGUAGUGGCGCACUUAAAUCGCCACAUGUAUUGAUGCUCUCUGGAAUUGGUCCUAGGAGUACUCUCAGUUCAGCUGGUAUCGACGUCAUCAUGGAUUUGCCAGUUGGUAAAAACCUUCAAGAUCAUGUCACAUGUGUAGGUCCUCAACUCAAAGUAGAGGGCAAACAACAGACUCUGUCAAGCAACCAGAAUAUCAUAAGACAUUUUCGUGAAUAUGUACGUAAUCAUAAAGGGCCAUUUUCUGCACCAGGUUCUUUACAAGUUUCAGCGUAUAUAAAGUCUCGAUAUGCUGAUCCAGCAAUCGAUUUUCCUGACAUUCAGUAUUUCCUGCCAUCACAAGCAGUGUUUAAUACCAGUACAGGUCAAAUACGUUUAAAUACUCCAUUUUGUGAAUAUAAUCGGAUUUAUUUCCAACCUAGUGUUAUGUUAGAAAAAAGUAUUGGUUAUAUUACUAUUAGGAACAAAGAUCCUUUUCUACAACCUGUUAUAGUUCCAAAUUAUUUUAAAAAUAUUGAAGAUCUGAAUGUCAUAAUUGAUGCUUGUAACUUCGUAGCUAAGAAUUUGUCCAACACAAAGGUAUUGAAGGAUGCUGGUGUAUACUUAGACACGAGACCAUUACCGGACUGUGCCCACUUGGAGUUCGGUACUGAUGAUUACUGGGCCUGCCUAGGGAGGAAUUACACCGAAACACUCCACCAUUUCUCUGGGACCUGCAAGAUGGGUCCCGACAGUGACCCAGAAGCUGUUUUGGACCCGCAGCUGAGGGUACGCGGAGUCAAGCAUCUGCGCGUUGUUGAUGCGUCAAUUAUUCCAACUUUAGGGAAUUCGAACACCAAUGCGCCAGUAAUAAUGAUAGCAGAAAAAGCGUCUGAUAUGAUUAAAGAGGCUUGGCAGUAAAAGAAGAAAUAUUUAAAAAGGACAAGGAUUAUAGAUCAUAUAAACUUGUACAAGGAGCAAGGAAUUGGUUUAUAUGAACAUAAAAUAUUCUUAUGUACCUAUAGACUUACAUGUGUAUUCAAACAAGUAACGGCGUCAAUUAUUAUAAACAGAUUCUGACUUCUUUAACGUUGCUGUAUCUAUUAACAGCAACACCUAUAUAUAAUUGAAUUAGAUUUGGAAUUUGGGGGGAAAUUAAGAUUUCACGGCCUAUUCUAUAGGCCUGCUUAGGCAGCACUUUGUAGUUGAGCCCACAGAGUUAAAUUUAGUUGUCAUUAAUUUAGGUUUUGUCACCUCAGUGCACAUUUCAUCGAUAAACUUAAAAAAUCUUGAAGUAGCGUUGAAGAUCAGAGUUACCAAAGUUUUCUUAUCGAUACUAAAAUAGACGUUAGAAUUAUUUCUGUACAAAAUAUAUAAAUAAAUAAAUACAUUCC